GGGCGUUAAUCAGGGGCAUUAUAGUCAUAGCGCACACAUACCAAAACCCUAGUUUUCUCCCACUCUCAUAUUUACGCUGUUCUCUGUCCCCAUAACCACUACCAUUGCAUCUUGCCGCUGCAACUCUCUCCCUUCUCUUCAGCUUCCAUUCGCAAUGGCUUCGGAGAAGAAACUAUCCAACCCCAUGCGGGAAAUCAAGGUGCAGAAGCUCGUCCUCAACAUCUCCGUCGGCGAGAGUGGUGAUCGUCUCACCAGAGCCGCAAAGGUGUUGGAGCAGCUUAGUGGCCAAACCCCAGUGUUUUCCAAAGCUAGAUACACUGUCCGUUCUUUUGGUAUCAGAAGAAAUGAAAAGAUUGCAUGCUAUGUCACUGUCAGAGGUGACAAGGCAAUGCAACUUCUCGAGAGUGGAUUGAAGGUGAAGGAAUACGAACUUCUGCGAAGAAACUUCAGCGACACUGGCUGCUUUGGCUUUGGUAUUCAGGAGCAUAUUGACUUGGGAAUCAAGUAUGAUCCCUCAACUGGUAUUUAUGGAAUGGACUUCUUUGUCGUUCUGGAGCGCCCCGGCUACCGUGUUGGCCGCCGCCGCCGCUGCAAGUCUCGUGUUGGGAUCCAGCAUCGUGUUACCAAGGACGAUGCUAUGAAGUGGUUCCAGGUGAAAUACGAGGGUGUUAUCCUCAACAAGUCACAGGCAAUUUAAUUAAAUUAGCUAGUUGUUUUGAGGAGUUUGCAAGUUUUGUUGUUUUAAAUUUGACGCUUCUUCAUUUAAAUAGCUUGAAUUACUGGAAUAUUAAUGCGAGAAGCAAUGUGAGUUAUUAUUUAGAUGUACUUGUUUUUGACAUCCAUAUUAAUACGCCUUUGAUCCUUUAUUGGAUGUUCCUCUA